CUUCUUGCCUCUUGUCCGUGACAGCAGCUUCGGGCAGUGGACGAGGAACAGUGCAGAUCCUGUGAUAUCCACCAGCGAUUCCCUUAUUCAAAGUCUUGAUUUUGAUUUGCUUCCUCCCUGGACAGACAUUUUGAUUUUUGAUUUUAACUCGAUCGAAGCAAAGCCUCAGUCGGGGAAGGCAUUUUCCUGAGAAGAACAUUUCCUCGGAAAAAUUGCGGCGAGGAAAUGGCAGGAGCGGAAGGAUUUGUUGAAGCGGAUAAUGCGGAGGCCAUUAUGAUUAGAAUUGAACACAAAACUCGGAAGAUCGAAAGCCUACUCAAACAGUAUAAGCCGGUGGAAGCACUUAAAACUGCUCUUGAAGGCACUCAUGCCAUGACCCGAGAUGAACGUUGCAAGUCUGCACAUUGGAUUGUGGUACAUAGAGCUUUAAUGGCUAUAAAAGAUGUGGAUGGAAUGCUAUCUUCUCUGGACCCUGAGUACUAUGACAUCCUAAUGAAGUACUUGUACAAAGGUCUGGCAACGGGAGAUCGACCAACAUGUGACCAGUGCCUUCGGAUUCAUGAAAAAUUGACAGAGAGGGCAGGAUUCGGUUGCAUACUGCGGUACCUGGCUGAUACUGUGAAUACAGUUUGAUUUCCUUAAACUUUUUUGGGUGACUUUAUUCUAAUUUCACUUUGUUUUCUUCAGUUUAGAAUCCUCUUGUAUGUUCUUUACUUCCCUAUCUUGUUAUCGUAUCAUGAACUUCACAAUUGAAAAUGAUAUGAUUUUAAACUCUUGCUUCCA